CAUGACAGUCGACACGUCGUAGGUUUUUUGGCGCGAAAUUCCUCAUCCGAAGGAUCCGUAGUGAACGCGCGUGAGAAUGUAAACAGCGCUGAGUUUGGGAUCUAGUUUAGCAUUUCUUGUGAAGUUUGAUUGUCCGGAGUGCCAGUCGCCGAGCUGCUUCCCUGUACAGUUGUCUUGUUACAGCGUCUGUUUGUCGUGUUGAGUGUGUUUGAAUGGCAGACGCCAGUGAAUUAAGCGGAGGAGAGGAGAGCCAGGAGGAGCUGAUGACCCCCGCCGAGCUCAUCGCCAAACUAGAGGAGGCUUGGCUGAAUGAGAAGUUUUCUCCAGAACUGUUGGAGAACAAGUCCGAGUUGGUGGAGUGUGUGAUGGAGCAGAUCACACACAUGGAGGAAAAUCUGCAGCGGGUGAAGAAAGGUGAUGUGAAGGCCAGUGUGCAUCGCAUGGAGAUCGAUCGCAUCCGCUUCGUUCUGAGCAGCUACCUGCGCUCAAGACUUCAGAAGAUAGAGAAGUUUUUCCCUCAUGUUUUGGAGAAAGAGAAGUCACGUGCUGAUGGAGAUCCUUCAUUUCUUUCUCCUGAAGAGUUUGCCUUCGCUAAAGAGUAUCUGGCCAACACAGAGGUGUACCUCCGAAACGUGGCUCUGAAACACAUGCCCCCGAACCUGCAGAGCAUUGACAUGCUGAAGGCUGUUCCUGAGCCGUGUCUGGACUCGUUUGUCUUCUUGAGAGUGAAAGAGAGGCAGGAGAAUAUCCUGGUGGAGCCUGAGACCGAUGAGCAGAGGGAGUACGUUGUGGACUUGGAUGAAGGUUCGCAGCACCUGAUGCGUUACCGUACUAUAGCGCCUCUAGUGGCCAGCGGUGCAGUGCAACUCAUUUAAACCUGCAGAGAGAGCCUCAGGAACUGAAUGAAGACACCACAGAGGAACAGAUUGCCUGUGUACUUUAUCCUUGCAUGCUAAAUAGCCAGCUGUUAACAUCUGUCAGCCUCUCAACACCUUGAACACAUCCAUAUCUUUGAAUCCAAAAGCAUUUAUAUCUUAAAAUGCUUAAUUCUCAUCAUGAAACUGAAUUAAAAGCAGUAUGGAUUAUUAUUAUUAUUAUUAUUGAGUUAAAAAAGAAAAGAAAAUGCUAACAAUCUUUAAAGUAUUCCGGAAAAUGGAUAUGUAACCAAACACAGAUAGGACGUUCAUCUGGAUUGUUUUUAAUUUGUUGAUGUCCAGCAAAAUUUCAUCACUUAUUUACAGCUCAGUUAUUGCAGUCUGAUCAGAAACUGGUGAACCUGACACUCUUGCUCUGAAACGGAAGCUGUGGUUUUCUCUGUAAGAGGGAAGUUGUUGGUUUGGGCGUAUUUGGUCGUUUAAAUGGUCAUUGGGUUUUUGCUGGUGGUAAUGGAAUAAAUUUGUAUUAUUUAUGUUU